AUGGUGACAAGUGCCAACCUGUCCUCUUACUUUUUUUAUUUUUCAUAUGUGGAGCAAAACCAAAAGCAGACCUGUCUCAGAGCCGCGAAGGAUGAGGAGCUCCAAGUCCUGGGAUUUGGCAGGGAAGGUUUCUGCUAUGGCUAUACUGCGCUCAUCAACGUAUUGCCGAAAAUUGAAGACAGCGAAUGCAUAGGAAAAACAUUGAAGUUCUGCUUAUCCAAAUUCAUUCAAAAGAAAGAUGAGGAAUUGAAGAGGACCCUAUACAGCUCAUUUGCAGUAGAGCUGGAAGCAUUUACACGAGAUGAAGAUGUAAUUAGAAGCCUCAGAUUACCCUCUGGAGAUGCGAUGGUCACUUUUGCUGACGAAACGGCAUGGAACGACUGAAAAAAACAGAGGAAGACUAACGAUGAGGCACGAGGGAAAGAAGCUCACUGUACCAAUUGGACCAGUUUGUGAAGGAGGACAGGUAAACUACCUUAG